ACAUAAAUAUAAGACGAUUGUUUUUAAAUUUUCUGAUGUGUCACAUUACUGUUUAUGUGCUAUAAUCCUACAAUCUGUCUAUUAGUUGUUGUUGUUGGUAAUUGAGCUUUACUUGUCCCGUGGCUGUCAAAGGGUUAAUGUUACUAAAUUCUUUCAAAUGCCUAAAAAUUUGUUGCCAGCCCAUGUAUGCCACUGGUGUGGUACCUGGAAAGGUGAUAAAAUAUGUAGUAGCUGUAAGAAAGCAAGAUACUGUUCUGAGAAACAUCAGGCACUGCAUUGGGGUACUGGUCAUAAAAAUGAUUGCCUCCAGAUAAUAAGUUCUUCCGCUGCUUCAAAUUCAGUUUUGCCAACUGUUGGAAAAGUUCCUGCUAACACUUCUUGGCCAGAAUUUGAGAUAAAAAUAGACUAUGAAGGUAUAUUUGAUUCCGAUAGUGGUGAUGAGAAUAACUCGAAGUUGUUGGUGAUGCAAAGACAUGGGAAACCUGAUGCUAUGAUGCAGUCAUGGAUGGAUCAAUUUGAGGCCGAUUCUGACAACAAAUGCUGGACAUCUUUUCAAGAGCGGGUCUCAAGAGCACCAAAUCAAGUGUUGAGGUAUUGUCGAGAACCAAAUGCUAAACCUCUCUGGGCGUUAUCUUCUGGGUGUCCAUCAAAUGCUGAUAUCCCAUCAUGUAGCUACUGUAAAGAUCCAUUAUGCUAUGAAUUUCAGGUUGGCCAAAGUUCAUAGAAAAGAGUAUUAAGUAUUAGUGGCAUUGAGGAGAUCAACUAUAAAAAUAUAUUUCAUAAAUGUAUGAGUUGAAAAUGAUGUUCAUCUAUUAUUGUAAAUAUUAUUAUUCUCUAUAAAUUUGCCAAAUUUAGGAUAGUUUGACGUAGAGCAACUCAAAAACAUUAUAUUUCAGGAUGGGUCUAUUUAUUAUUAACAUCUUAUGUCUGAUCACCAUUGGAAGUAGAUCUGGCUUGGGGUAUAGUAGAUUGAAUAUAGAGGUACAUGGGGUGUACAAUAUAUAGGCAAGGAUCAAGUUUGACGUCGGCAACGUGGUCACGGUGACUGGCGGGAGGAACACCGGGCGUGUAGGAGUCAUCAAGAACAGGGAGAAGCACAAGGGCAGCUUUGAGACCAUCCACGUGCUGCUUGGAGAUUUUUGCUAUGUCUAGUUUUCUCCUAUUUGUUGUACAGGAAAACAUGGAAUAGAAUUCAAAUUUGGUGGUCGCAAAAGUGUGGAGACUUUAAUUCAUA